AUGAGCUCAAACGGAGAAAUACGAUCAGGGGCCACAAAAGUUUGGAGUGUAUUGGUCACCAAUUUAAGCUAUCUCACGGGACUUUUGACACUGGAUUAUUCUCUCAAAAGGGCAGGAUCAAAAUAUCCCCUGGUAGCUCUAUAUACGGACGCCCUACCUUCUGAGGCCCUUGCUGCCCUAGAGGCCAGAGGGAUACCAACACGGCAUAUACCAUUUCUUCUUCCUUCAGACAAUAAAGACUACAGUAAUGAUGCCCGUUUCUACGAUUGCUGGAGUAAGCUGGCAUCUUUCUCAUUAGUAGAGUAUGAUCGGGUUGUUCAAUUGGACAGUGACAUGCUAGUGUUACAAAACAUGGAUGAGUUGAUGGACCUGGAGUUGGAUGACGCUAGGUUGGGUGGUCGGGGCCAGAAAGUGUUUGCUGCAUGUCAUGCUUGCGCUUGUAACCCAUUGAAUAAAUCACAUUAUCCAAGAGAUUGCAGUCAACACGAUACUCCUGAUCAAGCACAGAUCCAAGGCCCACCUCCAACAAUUGGAGCGUCAAUGCUUAACGGAGGCCUCCUCGUCCUUAAUCCAUCAGAGGAAAUAUACAACCCUAUUAUCUGCCAGCUUCAAGACCCUACGGCAACGAGACGGUAUGCCUUUGCUGAUCAGUCUCUUCUUUCGGACCUUUACCAAGGCCGAUGGGUGCCUCUUCCAUAUAUAUAUAACGCGCUUAAGACCAUGCGAUGGCCAGGUAUCCAUUCACAAAUUUGGAGAGAUAAUAAAGUGAAAAAUAUUCAUUAUAUACUGAGUCCAAAGCCUUGGGAAGAAGAAGGACUGGUAAUUUGGGAAGAGAAGCACAAUAAUAAAGACCCUGUGCUACAUGGAACACACGAUUGGUGGUACAAAUUUAACAAUGAACGGUUGGAUAUGGAGAAGGCGAAUGUGAUAAUUACGGAUGGUUUUUGA